CUCACAUGUUACAAAACAACCCCCCACUCUAAUUUGGGUGGUUAUGGGAUUACAACUUACAAAUGUGGAUUGAGUGUUGCAUAAUAUUAGUGAUAAAACUUAAAUAAAAAAAGGUGUUCUCUUCUUCUUGAUGCUAAGGAUCACAUACACGUUCAUUUACAAUGAACACACAUAAUUGAAUAAAAUUUGGGCUAUUUCAGAAGCGAUAUCAUAUUUUAUUGGAGUUACAUUAUUUUGAAUUACAAAAAACACAAUAUUUUUUUUUCUACCUUGAUCAAUAAGCUAAUUUUAUUAACGGUCUAGUCAUGUGGUUAUGAUUGAUUUGAUCUGGAGUCACUAUGAAAAUGUGUUAUUACUACUACUAGUUGUUUGACAACACAUUAUGUCUGUCAUGACGGAUCUGCCUGCGUCAAAACUCAAAUAUAUCUUAUAAGUUCAAAACGUGGGUAGUAAGGAUGACAGCAGUUAAACCCACAUUUUAACACAAAUACAUAUGAAUAUUGACAUAUCCAUCAAUUCGGAUUAGUAAUUUUGAAGUUUGGACUAAUCCGGUUUAUAAAUGGGGUGUGAAAACUCAAAAAACUCCAACAGAAAACGAACAAGAGAUUCUUUACUAUGGGCCUUUGAUAACAAAAAUUUGAGGAUGGCCUUAUGAAAUUCUAAAGCCCAUUACUCGGUUCAGAUGGGCCAAUCAGCAAUGUUAAAAGUUAGAUCAAGGAAGUAACCCGUGAACCGAGAUAGUCGGGUCAAGAACCCGACACCGAUUCCGGAAGUGAUAAAACCCUGCCCUAAUCGUCCCUCCAAUCGGUUCUCUCCCCUUUCAGCCAUAAACCCUAGGAGAGCGGUCUCCUCCAUAGGCGGUGCUCCACUACUCGGAAGGAGCAGCCAUUGAUUCCGUCACUUCUUUCCCCGCCGACCGAAUUCUCCGGGUAUGAUCCAAUCUCCCUGCUCAAUCUAGUCUCAUGUCUGACUAUCGCACCGAUAUUGCUUCUUUCCUUUUCUUCGAAUCGUUCUCGUCUGGCUGAGUCUUUUAUGUUUCUCGUCGCUUCAUCUUAAGCCUAAAUCGGGAGCUCUGAUUGGAAUCUAGGUUUCUUUUUCUCUUCUGAUUCAUGUAGGAUAUGAAUUCCAUUUGAUUGGAAGUGUUAUGUAAUCGCGAUUGCUACUGCGUAUGUUGAGGUUUUGGGAUUAGGGCGCUGAUAGCUCGACUGAUUCACUGUUUCUAUACAUUGGAUGCCUUUCUGAUUACUUGUUUCUUUCUUGUCCAAACAGUUGGCUCGUUAAACAAGAGAUACAAUGAGGUUGGAGUUCUGCUGGUUUUGCUCUUCGAAAAUCUAUCCUGGGCAUGGUAUUCAAUUCGUUCGCAAUGAUGCCAAGAUUUUCAGAUUCUGUAGGUCUAAAUGCCACAAGAACUUUAAGAUGAAGAGGAAUCCUCGCAAGGUGAAAUGGACUAAGGCCUAUAGGCGGUUACAUGGAAAGGAUAUGACAAAGGAUUCAACCUUUGAGCUGGAGAGAAAGAGGAACAGGCCCGAAAGAUACGACAGAAAUGUUAUGGAGAAUACCCUAAAGGCCAUCAAGAAGAUUGAUAAGAUCAGACACGAUAGGGCGGCUGAUCAUAUUGCACAGAGAUGGAAGCCAAAGGCUGCAAAGGAGCGCAGAGAAGCAAGGAAAGAGUUGGAACAGAGCAUCAGCUUGAUCAAAGCUCCUCUUGCCAUUCAAGCACAAGAGCCAGCAAUCACUGUCCCCAAGAUCAAAGUCAAGGUCCCCAAGCAACAAACCCUCGAGCAACCCAUGGAAGAGUAACCUUUUAUGUGUGGUUUCGUCACUCUUCGCUUCUGUUAUUCCGACUUUCCCUUUGAAGAAGGGCUGAGAUGUUGCUCUAUCCUAUGUAUUGGGUUUUUUUUUGUUCCAGUGUAGCUGUGUAAUUCCACCUAAGUUUUUGUUAGGCUCGUUUAGUUGGAGACGAUUGUCAUUGGAAAAACCCUGUAGAAAAUUUUCAGUGUUACCGAUACUACUUUCAUGUCGAUCUACUAAUCCUUUUACGGCAAAAAUGUGGCGAGAAAGACGUUUGGGCUUAUUCGUGUAAAUGGGCUCUUUGUGGGCCAUGGCUAUCCUGCCAGGUGGCAACAGCCACGGGUUCUGAUUU